AUGGCGUCGGAUUCGGGCCAUACAUUGUAUACGGCGGCGGACACACUUUCCAAGGCGCGUGGGCUCUCUGCGUCCAUCUCCUCGCUCUCGUCCCCUGCUCAUACCGGCCGCAACGCUGCGGCUGCGCACAUCUCCAAGACAUAUCGCCAGGCGUCGACGCUCUUCCUCACGCGUCGUUUGCCCGAAGCACUGUCAACAGUUCUGCCCUUGGUCACCCCGCCCGCGUCCGACGAUCCCAAUGGCCCGUUUGAGCCUGCGCCUGUUGCCAAAGCGUCCCGCUCAUCCAAGGUUAAAGUGUGGAGUCUCUACUUGACCGUCCUGAAUGCGAUCGUGGAGCUUGACUCGGACGAGGGGAAGGAAGCGUUUGGGACGCAGGAAUGGAGGGCCCUGUGCCACAAGGUCCGUGAGGGGGAGGUUUGGGAGGAAGUGGUGCGCAACGGAUACCAUGGCGUUGAAGGGGACGUUGACGCAGAAGUGGUCAUCAACCUAGCUACCAUUCUCCUGGCCCACGCGAAGAAUCAGAUCCUCAAUCAAAAACGUCUUGAAAAUUACCUGGCCGCGGCCCGCAGCCCGAACCUGGACCUCUCCGACCGCUUCUCCGAAUCCACUCCGCGCCGCUACAGCUCCCCAGCAGCCGGCAAACAGCGCCCCCGUGGCGGGCCCAGCGGUGCCGACACACCCCGCGAUCUCAACGCGCGCGUCAAAAUCCUCGAGCUCUACACCCUCCACGUCCUGCCACGGAACAGCGAGUGGGACUACGCGCGCGAGUUCAUCAGCGUGAGCCCGGUCCUUGACGAGGAGCGCCGCGAGGCUUUUCUCCAAGCCCUGGACAGUCUGCGGGAGGAGCAGCUUGCAGCAGAGCGCCACGAAGAGGAGGAGCGGCUCAAGCGGGAAGAGGCGAUACGUCGAGACAUCGAGGAGGCCAGGCGGCUGCGGGCUGAGAACGAAGCAAGAGAGAAAAGAAGGCUGGAGGAGGAGCGGUUGAAGAGGGAGAGGGAGGCGGCGGAGAGCAGCGCCGCUAAGGCGACCGAAGGGGAUUUUGGGCUUGAUGAACGAGCGGCCACACCGCCGACGACGAGGAGCAAACCUAAACCGCCUGGCAGCCAGUCGAGCGCAGGCAGUAGUAGUAUGUCACGGCCGAGAGGGCCGGCGCCUGGAAGGGGAGCCAGAGGCAGCGGGAAUGCCGUUGCUGCACCGACGCCGACGCUGCUGUCAAGAGCAGCGGUGGUCUUGGACAACCUCCGGUUGCUUGUCGACGAGGUCGCUGGAGCCUUCAAGACUAACCCAUACGUGCUGCUGCGGAUGUUGGCGUUUGUCAUUGGGCUGCUCAUGUUGCUGAGCCGGAAAAGAUUCCGUGAGAGGAUCGCCCGGGUCUUGGGGUUGAGCUGGGGCAAGAUAAAAGCCACGGCUGGUAUGGGCACCAAGGUUGAUGAUCUUGGGACACCCAUCCCGGUCCUUCUCGAGGCGUGUGCACUCAAAGCAGUAGAAGGCGUCCGAGAUGCCCUCGCCACCGCAGACCACGCACUUGUUCUGGUAGUUGCCGAAGCUGCACUCGUCACAUAUCCGGACGAGCGUCGUCGGCCGCACGUACGAGUCGCAUACGGGGCACUUGCCGUCGCACUUGUCGCAGAGCCGCCCGAUGGCAAUGCCAGAUUGUUUGCGGCACAUCACAAGGAACCGGAAGAUCAUGUUACAAACAAGCGCAAAGCCUCGCCAGAGAGCAAUUCGGAGGAUGGCGCGGGCAAGCGCGUCAGGCUGGGAGACGGGGACGAGAAUGCGCCUCGACUGAACACUGUUGACAGCGAGUUGAAGGAGGGCCAAACGAAGGAUGUACCGCUUGUUGAAGAGGAGCAAGCCGGACCGGGUUCCACCAUGUCACCUACAAGAGCAGAUCCGAGAGAGCCCGAGCCCGAGCCCCCGCGCUCACCAGAAGCACGAAGGCCAUCAGCUCCAAGCGGUCCUCCCAUACGCCGAAACGUCAGUUUAGAGGAGAAGAAGCGGGGUCAACGAUUGUUUGGCAGCCUGGUCAGCACGAUUAGUCGGACCACGUCAAGGCCUCAGCAACAGAAGAGGCUGGAGAUCGAGCGGCGACAGCAGGAGAAGGCGCAGCAACGGCGGGCCGAGGACGAGAAACGCAGAGCCGAAAGGCUGGAGCAGUUGAAGAAGACCCGGCAAAUCGAGCAAAUCAAACUCGACGAGCAGGUGAUGGAAACCCGGCACUCGACAAUGUUGGCUAUGGCGCAAAGUCUGCAGACCAAAAGCGAGCCGAAGCUCUACUACGUGCCCUGGCAGCUCAGUAGAGAGCAAGAGGACAUCGUCAAUGACCAGAUCCGUGCUACACGGGACAUUAUCGAGAAGGAAGUGCGUGAGUUCAAGACGCGCAAGGAGCAGCGAUUCAAGGCGCUGGGCGUUUCUCCUCCCCCUAGGUCCCCCUCUCCUCCCCCUCCACGGCAGGAGGAGCAGUUGCCAGAACCCGAGCCAGAUGCGAAGCCGCGGUCAAAAGAAGCCACGAUUGGUGAGCCCGAACUUCCACCGCAAGAUACUAACGCAGAUACUGUGGCCGCAACACCUUCAAAGGCGCGGACGGACCAUGAGAAGGAGCAUGAUGAGAACGGGGACGAGAUGAUGCAGGACGAGGAGGACAUAAUCCGACUCCCCAGGGCACUCGAGCAUUCUCUCCCACCGACCACACUCUUCCCAACAUUAGCUUUCUCUGGCCCAUCGAGUCUUCAAGGGGGGAAAAACAAGCCAACACCAAACCAGUUCUUCUCCCUUGCAUCAACCAUGGCAUCCUCCGAAGUGGACAAGCUCACACCGACCGACCCUCGUGUGCAGCACCACACCUACACCAUCCCCGCCUCCAAGAGGACAUACCACUACCUGCUCGCCGAACCGUCCACUGGCGCCCCGGCGGCCGCAACGGUCCUCCUGGUCCACGGUUUCCCGGACCUUGCCUUCGGCUGGCGCUACCAGGUGCCGCACCUGCUGUCGCUCAACCUGCGCGUCAUCGUGCCCGACAUGGUCGGCUACGGCCGCACCGACGCGCCGCAGGAGCUCGCGGCCUACUCGUUCAAGAGCGCGGUCGACGACCUCGUCGCCCUCGUCAGCCACGUCCAGGGCAAGGGCGCCGACGAGCAGCCCGAGAAGUUCGUGCUGGGCGGCCACGACUGGGGCGGCGUGGUGGUGUGGCGCUUCGCGCUCUGGUACCCGGAGCUGCUCCGCUGCGUCUUCAGCGUGUGCACGCCCUUCUUCCCCGUCGGCGAUGUCUAUGUCCCCACGGCGGAGAUGGUGAAGCGCAUGCCCAGCUUCGGGUACCAGCUGCAGUGGGAGGGCACCGAGGUCGACAAGGCUGUCGUGGGCAGGGAGAAGCUCAGGGGCUUUUUCAACAUGCUGUGGGGCGCGCCACGGAAGGAUGGGGAGCGCAUCUUUGACGCCGCGCACGGAUUGUACCUCGACAAGUUCGAGGCGGAUCAGAUAGGGGAGAGUCCCCUGGUGAGCAAGGAGGAGCUGGACCAUUAUCUGGACGAGUACGCAGACCACGGGCUCCAGGGAGGGUUGCGCUGGUAUAAGACGAGGAAAAUCAACUUCGAGGAGGAGCGGGUGCUGCUGGAAAAGGGGAAGACCACGGUCACGCUGCCUUCGCUGAUGGUGGUGGCCUUGAGGGAUAUAGCGCUGCUGCCGUCGUAUGCAGUUGGGAUGGAGAAGUACGUUCCGAACCUCGUGAAGAAGGAGGUGGAUUCCAGUCACUGGGCGCUUUGGGAGAAGCCAGCCGAGGUGAACCAGUAUAUUGAGGAGUUCCUGAAGGGCGUCCUGAAGGGACAGCCCCUGAAAGCUUCCAUCUGA